GCCCUUCGCCCGGUAUGGUAAUAGGUGCUCAGAUUCGCGCCACUCAAGCUGAGCACGUGACGUCACUUUGCCAGCCAUCCAGGGCAGUCCCCACAUAUUGGUCGCUGAAACUGCCUUUCUCUUUCGUUACCCUUCGUUCCUCAACACAUCACAACCACACAUGGCGCGAUCGGGAUCCCCAAAUGAAAUGGCAGACGGCGGUCUGGAGGCGAAUGCCAUCACCGAGGAGAAGCUCAUCAAUGAGGAGUACAAGAUCUGGAAAAAGAACUCGCCCUUUCUCUACGACCUUGUUGUCACCCACGCACUUGAGUGGCCCACGUUGACCUGCCAGUGGCUGCCUGAUAUUGAGAGACCCGAGGGCAAGGACUACACUGUUCAGCGCCUGUUGAUCGGAACACAUACCUCUGACAACGACCAGAACUACCUGCAGAUUGCUCAGGUCCAACUCCCAUCCGACUCCACACCCAUUGACACGCGCAAGUUUGACGACGAACGUGGCGAGGUUGGAGGGUUUGGAGGCACAGAGUGCAAGAUCAGCGUGACGCAGAGGAUCAAUCAUGAAGGCGAGGUCAACAGGGCACGCUAUAUGCCUCAGAACCCCGACAUUAUCGCUACUAAGACCGUCUCGGGCGACCUCUUCAUUUUCGACCGUACCCGUCACCCUUCACAACCUGCUCCCGGCGGCGUCUGCUCUCCGGAGAUUCGUCUGAAAGGCCACACGAAAGAGGGAUAUGGAUUGUCCUGGAACCCCACCUUACAGGGACAUCUGAUCAGUGCUUCAGAGGAUACGACUGUUUGCCACUGGGAUAUCAAUGCGGCAACUAAGGACAAGAAGGUCCUGGAUGCGUUCAGAAUCUACCGCGGACACACUGCUGUUGUCGAGGAUGUUGCCUGGCACGCUCUUCACGACAGCCUGUUUGCCUCCGUUGGAGAUGAUCAGCGCAUGCUUAUCUGGGAUACACGUUCUACGUCCUCGGACAAACCAGUUCACAACAUUCAUGCGCACGCCGCCGAAGUUAACUGCGUUGCAUUCAGCCCCAGCAGUGAAUUCAUCCUUGCUACUGGAUCAGGGGAUCGUACGGUCGGACUAUGGGAUCUUCGCAACUUGAAGGUCAAGUUGCACUCGUUUGAGUCACAUCAGGAUGAGAUCCUCCAGCUGGCCUGGUCGCCCCAUAACGAGACUAUCCUGGCUUCUGCAGGAGGCGAUCGUCGUAUCAACAUUUGGGACUUGAGCAGGAUCGGAGAGGAGCAAACCUCAGAGGAUGCUGAGGAUGGUCCCCCAGAACUUUUGUUUGUCCACGGAGGACACACUAAUAAGGUGUCAGACUUUUCAUGGAACCAAAACGAGCCCUGGGUCAUUGCUAGCACGGCCGAGGAUAAUAUUUGCCAAGUUUGGCAAAUGGCAAGUAACAUUUACAACACGGAUGACACUGACGUUCCUGCAUCCGAGUUGGAAUAAGGGUCAAUGGAAGGAGACGGUGCAUCUGUUUGAUAACCAUCGAGAGGAACAUAAUAAAAACCAACGUAAUAGGAUUGCUUUGUUUUCGACUU